UUGAAAAUGCAAAACGAUUCAUCACUUCGAAAAUUUCCUUUCGAGGCAUACUACUUACUAGUAUCGCACUUGCAGCACUUGCGAAGUUGCGAAGAGCACAGGGUGGAUACAAUCAUACACAAGGUAACAGUUGAGAGAAAUGCCGAGGCACUCACAGCUGAGUCAAUUCCACAAGCUUGAGUAGUCUCGAAGUUAGUUGCAGGCUUACCAACCAAUACAAUUUUUAUAGGCUUUCCAUCCUCUCCAUCACACUGAUAUUGGUGCAUUGCAUGCCCGAUUGGGUGGAAUAAUCGUUUACAAUGGAGACUCUUGCAGCGCUCAACUCACAGCUGGAAGCUUUGGAGCAGAAUUUGCCACAAGUUGUCCCAAAGUCUGACGAAGCAGAUUUUCCCGGAUUGGAACUGGUGGAGAAAGGCAUUGCCGGGGAGUGUGACGUUGUUGUGGCCUCAGAGUCUUCCAAGUCCCUGCCAACGCUUUUGGAACUCUCGGAUCUGCCAUUUGGUAUUCCCCCGGCAUGCGAGAGCGUCGACCAUGACUUGGAGGCUCUGCUGUGCCACCCGGAGAAGCUGCAUCUGUAUGACUUAGACCGGGCGCAAAGGUUUAUACCGAGAACAAUCGACACACAGUCUCUCCUACGCUGUGAUGUCAGUCCAGCUCUGACCUCGCUAUCAGUGCAUCGUUCUUCUGCAUCUUCAGUGCAAGAGGUGUCACAUUCUGCUCCUGGCAGUUCGGCCAAGUCGUCCACUUCGCUGAGCCGUCCCCACGGCCCGCCCGGUGCUGAAGUGCGCGGUCAGCCAGGCAACUGCUUCUUCUGGCCAGGAGGAAUGGAUGACGAAAGACCAACAGCAACAGCAGCGGCGGCUGCGCAACCUACUGCUGACGUGGGUGGUACCGAGAUUGACUUUGAGAAUGAUCUGGAAUCAACGCCUCCCGGCUUUAGUUGUGGAAUGACAUUUCCUCCGCCUGUCAAACCGGAGAGCACAGCUGGGUCGGUUCCGUCGGCCGACUUUCCUCGCCUUCUUGCUUUUGAUAUUGACCUGGGAAUACAGAGCGAACCUAGCACCACAGCAGAUGCACAUCCUGACCAGCCUCAAGCACUUGCUGAUGAUGAUAAGGACAAGGAUGGUGCACUUCAGUCGGUCCUGGAAAUGGCAUCAUCUGGUGUUCGCAGCGAUUCAUCGUCGCGCUAUACUCGCAUGUUAUCCAGUGCCGCUACAUCCAAUGAAGACUGGGCAGUCGUAGUGGACCAGGCAGACACCGUUCCUGACUUUCACCUGAUAGUGCCGAAGAUGGCCCACGAGUACCCAUUCCAGUUAGAUACCUUUCAGAAGCAGGCCAUUGUCAGACUGGAGAAGAAAGAGUGUGUGUUUGUAGCUGCACACACGUCAGCUGGCAAGACGGUGGUGGCCGAGUAUGCUAUUGCCAUGGCUCUCAAGAAUGUGGCUAAGACUAUCUACACAUCACCAAUCAAAGCUUUGUCGAAUCAGAAGUUCCGGGACUUCAAGAACACCUUCAGUGACGUGGGUCUGCUGACCGGAGACAUUCAGAUCAACAAGGAGGCGUCCUGCCUCAUCAUGACAACAGAGAUUUUGAGAUCCAUGUUGUACAAUGGGUCUGAUGUCAUUCGGGAUGUGGAGUGGGUGAUCUUCGAUGAGGUGCAUUACAUCAACGAUGCAGAGCGUGGUGUCGUAUGGGAAGAGGUGCUGAUCAUGUUGCCUGACCAUGCCAAUAUCAUCCUGCUGUCUGCAACCAUUCCCAACACGAAAGAGUUCGCUGGAUGGGUGGGACGAACAAAGCGCAAGAAAGUGUAUGUCAUCAGCACUAACAAACGCCCAGUGCCGCUGGAGCACUUCUUGUACACGGGCAAUAGUUCCAAGACCAGCAACGAGCGCUUCCCGAUCGUCAAGCCCAACGGCGUGUUCGAUAACACGGGGUUCUUACGAGCAGUGGAGGCUAAGAAACAGCGCACCAAGCCGACGGACAAGUUUGGACCGAAAGGCGCUCGUAACUAUGCCAAUUCAUCGCAGGACAUGAACAUUUACAAGUCGCUGGUGCAGUCGCUGGAGAAAAGCGAGCAGUUGCCAGUCGUCUGCUUCACGUUCAGCAAGAAGCGCUGCGACGAGAAUGCGGGCAACUUGCGUAACUUGGACCUGACUAGCACACAGGAGAAGAGUCGCAUUCACACGUUCUUCAAGAAGAGCAUUGACCGACUCAAGCCAGCUGACCGGAAACUACCACAGGUACGUCGUAUGAACGACUUGCUGUCUCGUGGAGUAGCUAUUCAUCAUAGCGGUAUCCUGCCUAUUCUAAAAGAGGUUGUUGAGCUGCUCUUUCAAGAAGGUCUCGUCAAGCUUCUGUUUGCCACGGAGACAUUCGCCAUGGGUGUCAACAUGCCUGCGCGCACGGUGGUCUUCGAUGACAUUCAGAAGCACGACGGCACACGCAAGCGCUACCUGUACCCGAGCGAGUACAUUCAGAUGGCGGGACGUGCUGGCCGCCGUGGCAAGGACACCACCGGUACCGUCAUCAUCCUGGCCAAGCAGGACGUACCGGACAAGGCAGAGCUGAUGAAGAUGAUGCUGGGCAAGGCGACUAUGCUACAGUCGCGUUUCCGUCUGACGUACACCAUGAUUCUCAACCUGAUGCGUACAUCCGAGUUCCGUGUUGAGGACAUGAUGAAGCGUAGCUUUGGCGAGUUUGGCCACCAGAGCAAGGCGCCGGCCCAGCGUCUUGUAGAGCAGGAGCUCAAGCAUCAACUGCAGGCGGCUCCGAAACUCAACUGUGAACUCUGUCCUGUUGACCUGGGCCAACUCUACGCUGACUGGGAGAUACUUGGGAAGGUGGAGCGGGAGUUGCGGGGUGUUGUUUCAUCGAAUCCCAAUGCUGUGAAAGCGCUCUCUCCGGGUAGAGUCAUCAUCGUGGAGACUGUGUCAGGUCUACACUGCCUUGCUGUCGUUCUGGACAACUCCAUUGUGAAAGGCCAGCGUAGUCUGCAGGCUCUUGUCCUGUGUGACGCGCGCAGUGCUGCAGAGAAAGCAGCGGUGGCAACGGAGCAGCACCAGGACACCUUUUUCUCAGUGAGCGCCGCUCAGCUCGACCUUCAUGACUGCCCCACUGCGGGCGAGGUGGCCGGUCCUCGGCGUCUGUACGCACCGCCGGUGUCUGCGCACUGUGUCAUGAAGGUCAAUGGAGAACAACUGGUGUCCAUCACCGAUCAGGUCAUACAAGUCCAGGGUGGCUUAAUCCUCUCUGAUCAUUCCAAUCGACAGCUGCCUCGAUUUGCAUCCAACCCACCUUGCCAGCAAGCUAACGCUGCAGCUGAGCAGCUAUUGCGUGUACAAGAGGCCAGUGAUGGAGCUGGCCCAUCGCUCUUCGAUCCGGUGUCAGACUUCCGCAUCCGUGACCUUGACCAUCGCGACAAGUUUGACUCGUUGGCUUUGCUGCGUGGCCGAGCAGCUAGCUACGUUUGUGUAACAUGUCCAUACUUCCAACACCAUUAUUCCAUCUAUCGGCAAACAGCCCGUGUCGAGGAGCAAUUGCGGAAGCUGGAGUUCAUGUUGUCCGAUGCCAGUCUGGAGCUGCUGCCGGAGUAUCAGCAGCGGGUUCAGGUGUUGCGACACCUGAGCUACAUCGACGAGGACAGCUCUAUCAAGCUGAAGGGCAAGGUUGCUAGAGAGAUGCACAACCAGGAGGUGCUGGUCACCGAGCUGCUCUUUAAAAACAAGCUGACACACUUGGAGCCCAGUGAGAUCGUUGCCCUCCUCUCCUGUAUUGUGUUCCAGCAGAAACGCUGCAGUGAGCCGAAACUUACCCCAGUCCUACAGCAGGGAAAGAAGGACGUGCUUGAAGUUGCUAAGUCCAUAGCCGUAAUUGAGGGCCAGUGCGGUCUUGAUGUCACGCCUGAGGACUAUGACAACAUCUUGCACUUUGGUCUGGUGGAAGUGGUUUAUGAAUGGGCACGUGGCAUGCCGUUUGCCGACAUCACGGACAUCACUGAUGUUGACGAAGGAACUAUUGUGCGUUGUAUUCAACGUCUAGAUGAAGCCUGCAAGGAUGUCCGCAAUGCAGCUCGUCUCUAUGGCGAUCCAGCUUUCUUUGCCAAAAUGGAGAAGGCGUCGGAGCUGAUCAAACGUGACAUUGUCUUUGCCGCCAGUCUCUACACUCAGUGAGGGAGUGCGAGAGAGGGAGAUAGAGAAACCUGGCGUACUGGCUCCGUUUGCCCCGAGGAGUCAUUGUCUUGGGGAUGGUUGCAUUACGCCAUGGCUACUUACCCGUGUCAGUGAGUCUCGGCUUCACUUUCGUCAUCAUUUUAGUCUUGGCUUCACUUUUAUCAUCAUUUUUUUCUCGUGUUGCACUCUGCUGCCAGAUUCAGAUUUCCAAGAAAAAUUGUAACAAAAUCAUACUAGUACUUCAGUACUUCACUAUUCAUUUUUAACAAGAACGCGGGAUUGGCUGGUGAACAUGACACGAGUAAUAAACAAGGCUUAUGGAAUCAAAUAUUCUCAUUCAAAUUUCAAGUAUUGAAUUCUUACUUUGGGUCCAUAGCUAUAGAGUGUAAUAUGGCUCGGCAACUUUGUUUUUCUAGUUUGUAUGACAGACCUUGUGUUUUGAACUUUUUCUGUAAACAAAAAAAUUACUAUUGAAAAAAACGGAGCCUACCAUGCAAACUCA